GUUGAAGCCGUCCACUUCCGCUGUGAUGGCGGUGCCGCUGUUGGCGGGCGGCGGGUCCGGGUUAAUGUGGUUCUCGGGGUAACAUGUCAGGCGGGUCCAGCGAGCGGCAGGGGACCGUCGGGGAUUUGGACAAGAAGCCCAAGGGGGAGCUGGUGGAGCUGCUGAGGCGGCAGCUCAAACUCAAAGCGAAUAAGAAAUUUAUUCAGAGCAUGCCAGACAAGGGUAAACGAAUCACUGAGUUCAUACAAAAACUUGACGCUGCCAUUGCUCGCCAUGAAGAAGUGGAACGAACAGCAGAACUGCUUUCAGCAGUUAAACUGAAGUUUCAGGUGGAGCAGGUGGAGAUGACUUUCGACAAGGAAGAGGACCUUACAAAUGAGGUUGUCACUUCAACUCUAACAGCACGACAGGUUUGGAAUGAAACUGAGAAAGAUCAGUAUGUUUUGUCAAAGAUUAAUGUUCAAAGUGGUGUUAAGAAUGAGAAUUCUGAAGUAUGCAUUGAAAAUCAAAAAUCAAAUCCUGUGAGAGGAACCGUAUUAGAAAAGGAGCAAGCAACUUUAGCAAUUCAAAGCGCUAAGGUUUCUACGAAAAGUGAGAACUCUCUUGAUUCUCUGAUGGACCACCAGAGUACUGUGGAUAUAAAGCAGGAAGGAAACAAUCAUCUCGAUCUGCAUAAUGCCACAAAUGUUAUGGACAGAGAUUCUGACGAAACAACUGAGUUGCUCGCUGAUAGAUUUGGCAAAGUCUCCCUCACUGAAAAUGAGCACAGAAAAGUACCCAAGAAAAUCCACGAGGAACCAACUUUGAUCAGCGAUGUGAAGUUCACUGACAAUCCCUUUCGGACUCUGCACCAAGUGAAGAAAAAUCCUCAUUAUGUUGAUGUACUUCAGCACAGAGCUAUGAAUCCACUGGUGAAAAAAGCACAAUUCAAACCCAACCACCCAAUAUCUGGAUCCCCUGGUUCAUCUCCAGGCCAUUCACCUGGCAGAUCAGAGCUGAAACUUUCUCCAGCAGAACGUAGAUUGAGAGACCGGAAGCACCUUGAUGAUAUCACAGCUGCUAGAUUGCCCCCACUUUACCACUCUCCUAUUCAACUACUGUCCUUUGAAGAAUCUGCAGAAUUACAAAUCUCACAAAAGCAAAAAUAUGAGUCGACACAGGCCAAGCAAGCUGCAGAGAAACUAUCACAGAGAAUGAACAUUAAAAUGGUGACAUUCGAUCUGCAACAUGAAGCUGUUGCAGCAUAUCCAGGAUUUAGAGAUCAUGGAGACAGCAGUUCCUCAGAAGAUGAAUUAAUUUGACAGUAAGAAAGAAGGAACUGCAGAUGCUGGAAAAUCGAAGGUAGACAAAAAUGCUGGAAAAACUCAGCGGGUGAGGCAGCAUCUAUGGAGUGAAGGAAAUAGGCGACGUUUCGGGUCGAGACCAUUCUUUGUACUGUUGCCUGCAGCUGCUCCAUUGAUAUUACUUCAUGCGUCACCUGAUGUACUUUAUUGUGAAUGAACAAUGCUGAAAUGUAUGUACAGUCAGGAGAUUAGAGGGAAAGGAAUAUGAUCCUAGCACUUUCUUAUUCUGCCUAUCAGAAUUGAGGCCUUAAAUAUUUUGUACUUGAAACUCUCGUGUUCAUGAAUUGGUCUGAAUAUGCUGAGUAUAUGCUCAGCAGCUCCGGCCCUUUAUGUUCAGAUGUUUUAAUCUUGCAGAGUUUAGAACCAAAUUAUUUUAAGACAGCACCUCUGAGAGUGGAGGAACCACCUAUAAAUAGGAGACGGGUCAUUUCUCUAAUCAGUGAUGGAUUUGAACUGCUUCCACAUAAGUUGUGCAUUUUUGCAAUAUUGUCAGUGCAUCAUUCACCUCAGAAGAAACUUUGUACUUGAAUUUUACUGGAGGGAUGGGCAGUACAUUAUAUUCAGGCUACGGUCCAAUGUCACAUUAUGUACUAUUCAGUUCACUAACUGUUCAGUGUUCUUACAUAGAAGGUCUUGUGUAUUUGUAUUGAAUUUAAAAUGCAUUUUGCUCAGUGUUCAAGGUUACAACUGUUCCAGUUUGCCAUUGUUAAUUUUUAUCUUUUCCUUUCUCAAGAUCAUUUUGUGCAUACAUUUUCCCUUUCUGUGCCAUAAACUGUGAGCCCGACCAUUGUAAGUGAAAUAGUUUAACAUGUUGCAUUGGAUGAGGUUGACCAAACUAUUGGCUCCAAAGUUAUUUUCAUCAAGAACAUUAGUACAGGUAGUUUUGCUAUAAUUCACUGUUCUAGAAUGCUAAUUCGAUAUAAAAUGGAUGAUAAAUGAGGGAACUAUUUGUAUUACGUAAGCUGAAUUGGUUAUAACUCAAAUUUGAUUGGGAACUAGAGAACCACUUAAAGCUGUAUUGAACAAAGUAACAUACAACUUUUAGUAUUUUUAGCUUGCAUAACAAAACUAAAAAUAGCUAUUAAUUAGUCAUUUAUUUUUGAAAAUUCUACAGGAAAAACAAGUUGGUUAUUGUGAUCUGUAACUAUCCCCUGAUCCCCUUUCCCCAUUGACACAAUUUCCUAUAACUUGAGAUUUCUUAGGAAUGCAACUAUCACAAUGCAGCAGAACUUUUUUUAUAGUACUCAAAUUGUGAAACAGAAUACCUUCAAACAUUAAGGCUAACUAAAUUUUUGUUUUAAUCAUUACUUUGGUGUAAAGUGUGUCAAAAUAGAUAAAUAUAAGUUUAAUACUGCAUCCGUUGUUGAAUGUUUUUCUUUUGCCCAUCUAAAUUUGUCGUAUAUGAUACAUUUGGACAUGGCUGCAGAGUAAGAAUAUCUUCUGAAAAUAUUGGAUUAAAUUAGUGUUGCAAGAGAUAUCGGUUAAUGAAACUGCUGGAGGAUCUCUGGGCCGAGUAGCAUCUGUUGGAGGAAAAGCAAUAGUGGAUGUUUUGAGUCAACCUGCUUCAGGACUGAGAGUAGAGGGAGACAAUAGUCGAUAUAAAGAACAGAAAGGAGGGGAGGGGGGGGGAAUGAGAUGGGCUAAGUGGCGGAUCAAGACGGGAUGAAGAAUGAUGGGCCGAAGAACUAGGUUCAAGUGAAUUUGAGAGAAUGGAAGUUAGUAGAGAAGAUGAUAAAAUUGACAAGUUCACUAUGAUAUACAUUAUUUCAUUUACUUUUCCAUAUAAAAUAUAUUCAUCCUGAAACGUGAGUAGCAAAUCGAAAACAUUGCAGAUGUUGGAAAUGUUGAAAUAGAAAACACUGCAGACCGUCAGCAAGUCCGGCAGCAUCAGUGGAUAGAGAAACCGAGUUAACGUUUUAGGUUGAAGACCCUUCAUCAGGAUGAAGUUUUCCAGCAUUUUUUGUUUUUAUUUCCCUCUAACUAGUGCUUCCUUCACCAUUUGAGUUGUCUAAAACCCACUGAUUGUUUAGAAACCGAUAAAGAAAAUAAUUCCAGCAAUCUUGAGAAAAAGUUGUACAAGAUUUUUUUUUUUUUUAAUUUGCUUAUUUGACAUUAGACUUGAAAUGGAGACUCACGUUCUUAAAGAAGAAUGAAAAGAAGAAACAAUUCAAAACCACUUGGGCUUCACUGUGGGACACUAUGGCCAACCUUUAAUGUAUUUUGUAAGGCUAAGUGAGAAAGCAAUGCCUUUAUGCAAUGCCUUAAGGGUUGCCUUUAUCAACCCUUGCACUUGGUUGCUUGUAGUCUGAGAUUUCUGAAGACUGUUCUCAAAAGUUUCUCAAUGCUUCAAUGUAAAAUUUACAAAGCUGGGAAUGAGCAGAGAUUGAACGAUGUGACUAUCAGAGGAGCAACAGCUACAAUUUCCGAAUUGUUGCAGUUUGGAAGAAUGUUUGUUGUAACAAAAAAAAACAUUGGUUAAUGGAGCCAAGUAUAGAUGAGAGCACCCAGUGUGGUUGACCUAUUCAGGCCAAUAUUCAACACAGAUGAUGCUAAAAUUCAUGUCAAAUAAUACUUGGUGCUGUUAGCAUAGUUUUAUUACCUUCCAGUUUGCAAAAUUGAACAAUAUCAAAUUAUUUCAUGCUUGAACCGGUGUAAAAACAGAAUUUUUUUUUUUUAAAGGUGGUGUUAUUUGAGUUAUGUCAAUAAUCUGCAUUGGAUAUUGUAUACCAGACUAAACCAUACAGGGGAAAGUGCAUCAGGAUAUCUGGAAUGUUGAUUCACUGCAGGAUGCAAACCGUUUCUUCCGUUUGCAUGCGCCAAGAUUCCUGGGGAAAGUUUAGUGCAGAAUUAACUAUGGGAGAUAUUCCUGAUGCAAUAAUAGGACUUGGUUUUGAUAUUUAAAACAAUAUAUUAUUAUGCUUGUUUGAUGAUGCAGUGAGUGGAAUAAAAUCGAUAUCUUGUUUUGCACAUCUUACUCUUUAUUUUAUCGUAACUUCAAUUAAAUUUGAAGUACAAGGCAAAUUAAUACCUCUGUCAAUAAAUAUAUCAAGGCACGAGUGAAGAAGCAGAAUAAUGAUAUAAUAAACAUAUUUUAAAGUGGUAUUUGAUAAAGUGUAAAGCAUCAAAAGUAAAUGGUUGAUUAACAACUAUAUAUUAUGCAUUGGAUGUAUGUGUGAACCUCUGCAAGGUACAAAAAAUAGCACAUUUUGCUUUUAUAUGUACAGUAAUAUUUAUAAACUUUAUAUAUUUGGUACAAUUCAAUAAAGGAGAGAUAUCAAUCCAC